UCCAAUCCAUUGAUAUCUUCACCGCACCGGACUUUCUACAAUCAAGCAAAUCCCUAAUUAAUCACAGCAUUUCCGCUAAUCCAAUCCCUAAUCCCUGGGCUUCAAUAGGACUUCCGGAUUUACACCCCAAAAAAAAAAAAUCCCUAAUCCCUUUCCAUUUAACGUUCAUCUCCUUCUGCUUCCCCAUCCCCCAAUGGAUUAAACCCCCGAUCGAGCUCAGCAGCUCAACCCCCUUCGGCUCCGCAUCCGUCAUCGAAUCCAAUCGAAUCAAUCCUCAAGUCCCGAGAAGAUGUCUUCGCCACGAUCCUCCGACGACGUCACCGCCGUCGACCAGACGCCGCUCCUCUCCGCCUCCCGGACCCCGGAGGACCCCAACCCCAGCAACCGCCGCUCGAUCCGCCGAGGCCAGAGCCUCCGCGAGGCGGCUCGCUUCCUGCGACGCGCCAGCAGCCGUCGCAUGAUGCGCGAGCCCUCGAUGCUCGUCCGCGAGGCCGCCGCCGAGCAGCUCGAGGAGAGGCAGAGCGACUGGGCCUACUCGAGGCCCGUGGUGGUCCUCGACGUCCUCUGGAACUUCGCGUUCGUCGCGGUGGCUGCCUCGGUCGUGGUGCUGAGCCGCGAGGAGAAGCCGACUAUGCCCCUCAGGGUUUGGAUCGUGGGCUACGCUAUGCAGUGUGUCCUGCAUAUGGUCUGUGUGCUGACUGAGUACAGGAAGCGGCAGCAUCGGAUGCGUCAGCAGCACAGACGCCCGAACUCGCCGCGGACUCCUCCGUCUUCUGAUGAGCAGAAUUCGAGCUCCCGAGUUGAUUCCGGGGAGUAUGUGUCUCUGUCGCAGCUCAAUGAGGAAGGCACCAGGUACUGCAGUGUGACAAAGCACCUGGAAUCAGCAAAUACAAUGUUUUCAUUCAUUUGGUGGAUCAUAGGCUUCUACUGGGUGUCUGCCGGUGGCCAAGCUUUGGCUCAUGACUCCCCUCAGCUUUACUGGCUUUGCAUCAUCUUCUUGGGAUUCGAUGUGUUCUUUGUUGUCUUUUGCGUUGCUCUGGCUUGUGUCAUUGGUAUUGCUGUGUGCUGCUGCCUUCCAUGUAUCAUUGCCAUUUUAUAUGCUGUGACAGACCAGGAAGGAGCAUCCAAAGAGGACAUAGAUCAGCUUCCAAAGUUCAAAUUCCGAAGUUCUGGCAAUAUCGAGAAGGAUUCUUCUGACCUGCAGAGAUCUCGUAGCGGUAUUAUGAUCGAAUGUGGCAACAGGGAAACGCCCACUGAGCGCUACUUGUCACACGAGGAUGCAGAGUGUUGCAUAUGCCUGUCUCCGUACGAGGACGGAGUCGAGCUGAGGGAACUCCCCUGUCGCCACCAUUUUCACUGCACCUGUGUAGACAAGUGGCUCCACAUGAAUGCAACAUGUCCUCUCUGCAAGUACAACAUCCUCAAGACCACCAGCCAUGGCCAGGAAGACGUGUAGGACUCUCGAAUGAAAUCAUACGCAGUCAAUUUUUCUGGUCUGUGAGAGCUUAUGUAAAUUCUCGGCAGGUCAACAGACUAGUUGCGCGUGCCUCCGAUGACUUUUUCUUUUCUUUUUUUUGGUUGCUGGUGUAUGUAUUGUGUUACCCCUAGAUGCUUCUUCUAGUAUAUCUCUUAUGAUCCUCAGAUGAGUCGUGGGCCUGUCCACUACUACCCGAGUGGCCCUUGCUUGCUUGCUUUUUUCCACAACAUUUAUUGUUGUCAAGUGAUGAUGUGCUUUAGUGUAAGCUGUCCGUUGAGGGGCUUUUCUAUGUCGAACAUUUGGAUCAUCGGGCUCCAGGCUCUUCCCCUUGUAGUAUUCACCCUCUGGCCGACCUUAUGAGCUUCGAUGAAUAUGAUAGUUUUGGAGAUAAGAUUUCUUUGUUGCUUCUA